GUAAGAGACAAGCCGGUGUGAAGGGGAAGAGGAGAGCAGUGCGAUUCCACCCCUGGCUGCUGUACGAAGCUCCUGCCUCUCCGCUCUGAGCCUCCUCGUGCCUCCACCUGUCUCCUCAGCCCUCAGCCCAUUGACUCCCGCAGAGCAGAGAGCGUGCAAAGGAGAAGCAUGAAAAUCCUCGUAGCCUUCGCGGUGGUCAUGCUGGUGUCGGCGCAGGUCUUUGCCGCAGAAAUCGGGCUGGAUGAAGUCGACUGGCCGUACAGCGACCAAAUCCAGGAGGAAUUACCAGUGUUUGAAAAUUUUCUACAGAGGAUUGCAAGGAAACCAAGACCUGAUCAGUUCUAUGGUUUAAUGGGAAAGAGGAACAACGGAUAUGGCCAGAUGUCCCGCAAAAGAUCAUCAGAAAGGAACACAAUACAUAAUUACGAAAGAAGACGCAAAUGAGCCCCCCCUCCCGAUCCACUGAUUAAACUUCAUUCCGUGAACCAGAAGAUGAAGUGUAAUAUAUGAUAUCCAGUGUAAAAUGAAUACUUAUUUAUUUUGAAAUUGGUUUAUUAGCUUGUAUAUUCAAUAAAGUUAUUAUUUUUAAUAGUGUGGCAAUGAUACUUGUCCUAUAAGUGUGCUGUAAUUCUCCAACUAUCACUCUCAUCGGGCUACCAUAAUAGGCAAACGAUUGGAGAGCGGCCCAACUGAUUUUAGGAGGAUCUGUCAUGGUGAGGAACCUCAUGUGAUGAUGACUGGAAAUGGCGGAAAGGGGUUCGCCAGGAUUAGAAAAACAUGGCUGCUUUCUUCCAGAAACAGCACCACCCCUGUCCACAGGUUAUGUCUGGUACUGCAACUCAGCUCCAUUGAAGUGAACGGGGAGGAGUUGCAAUACCUAAUCCUGGACAAUCCCUUUAAGUUGAGGUUCUUCACUGAAGCAGAUUCUCCCAAAUGUGGAAAUGGCCUGUCCAUCCACUAUAAGGGGUUGCAAUGAGCAGAACAUGCUGGUGGUUAUAGUCCAUUAGGUUCACUACCCCUAACGUUUCCCUGUUUUACCUGGACCUCCGUGGGGAUGUUCAAUGUUUCUCGUGUACUUUUUGAUCUUGACCAGAUAGCGGUAUCAUUGCAGCAUGUUCAUUUUAUUUCCUGAAUGUGAAUCCAAAGUCUUCAUUUCAUAGUUUAGAUUUUUUCUGAUAGUGGCACUUUGAAUAAAAAAAA